GCUUUUCCGGACUCAGCAUAUUAUUGUAUUUGCCUGCACUCCUUCACCUUGCAGUAAAACCAACUUGCACUUAAACUGCCAUCUCCCUGCGCCCUGGCAUGGGCCGCGUGAAUUAAAUAAUAUUCUUUCUAAACUCACAUCCGCCCGCCAGAUGCUAGAUCUCCUGAAAACAUUCACCGGUUGUCCAGCUGGUGCACUGAACCAGCUUGUUCUGCCUCACGGAACUCUCAUAUUGUACCCUUCCGCAGACUCCGUAGUAAUCCUGGAUGCCAGCAAUCUUAACCUUGUACGCGUGCUCGCGUUCGGGGAAAUCUACCCUGGCACCCAGCAUCUCAAUCAAAGUAUAUCUUGCCUUGCCGUCGACUCCGCCAUGAAAGUAAUAGUUGCUUCCAUGAACACGCACAUCGCCGCGUGGUCAUUGUCAGGUACCCAGAACGAUACCUGGAGAGUUCAUUCUUCCCUUUCCCUCACAGACGGCGACCCCGUCACAACUCUGGACUGCAGAUCUGGGCUUCUCUCGGUUGGGAGUCAAAAAGGUCUAUCCGUCUACACGUUGAUCCUGGAAAAUGACCUUCUCACAUGGUCCAAGAAGUGGGAAGCAAGGGUGACAACUCCUUCUCUCGCAAAAUUUGCUCCAACUCUCGCAUUUAUCGCCACUACAUCUCACCAUGAUAACCUGGUUAGAUUGUAUUCGACUACUUCCGGCAGGCUGGUGCAAGGCAUUCCUCACCCCAGGCCCGUCACAGACCUGAUGUGGAGGUUCUCUCAGGCAUCACGGAGCGAUGAUCCCGCCCUCUACACCAUCACGUCUGAUUCUACGUUGCGCAUAUUCCUCCCUGUAAUCGAUGCCCCCCAUCGUCUGCAACUGCAUGCAUCCCUCGACCUUUUCUCCUCGCUUCCAUUCCUCGUUGCAGCGAAACUUGGAUCACAUCCCAGGAAGUCCACGGUUGUCUGGUUGGACAAAGAAGUGGUCCGACGCACGAUCAAAGCUGUCCUAGCGUCGAAUACUGAAGACGCAAGCCCUCAGGUCCAGAGGCUGCGAGAAAUUGAUGAAGAAGGUUGGGAUCUCUUUGUCCGCGCUCUCGGGGAUGGCUCUAUGCUCGUCAGUGCCGUCGCGAACAUUGACAGGAGACCGCCGACGCUCAUACGUCAAUUCGCCCUUUCACAUACAAGUGCGGACGCCCUCUCUCAGCUUCCUUCUCAUUUGUAUCUUUUCCCCCAUCCUAAUAUCACCUCCUUGACCAUGGUAACAUCCACUCCCCUGGCUAGUUUCGAGGUGUCGCCUCUAGCCUUUUUUGAUGGCCAAUCAGCAGGACUGCACCUUAAUGCCAAGGGACUUGAUAGGCUCCCCCAUGAGGAGAGCAGGAUCCGAAAACUAGUCAGGACGCCCGCUGGAAGAGGCGUCGCAGUCGUACGCACUAAUGGAGGGGAAGUCUGGCGGGUCAUUGAAGGGGGAUCUCAGCUUGCCCGCGGAAGACGAUGGUCUAACGCGGAAUAUGUUGUGGUUCUGGAUGGCGGCGAGCUAGUAGCGACAUACUCGUCCGAAACCUCGGUCUUGACUUUACACUCGGAGCCCAUUUCAACCCUUACGGUCCCUUCCAUCAUCAACUUAUUUUCGGCACCCUCAAAGACAGCGCAUGAAUGUAUUGUUGGCCUGACCUCAGACAGUUCUAUCGUAUACAUACAUAUUGACAGCAACCCUAAUCUAACCCUACGUUUGCAUUCCCAGAACAAUCUACCAUUGGCCCAGCCGCCAAAACUCAUUCUCCCCGUCGAUCCAAUGUCGUGGAGUAGGGAGAGCUCUUUGGAGGAGCAUGACACAUUACUCAGUAUCUCUGACGAUGGUGAACUUUCGUUCUGGAUACCGGAGGAAGGAACGUCUUCUGGGUGGAGAUGUACAGGUAAUGUUAAGACAGGGAGGAAGAAUUUCGCCCUGGCGAGUUGCAGCUCUGCGAAAAAGUCUGUCCUAGUUGUCCGACUGCCGGAUGGCGAAGAGCUUACAAUCUGGGACUCCAAGGAAUCUGAGUUCGCCUCAGGUCUCGAGCACCGCAUAAUGUUCAGUACUUCGGAACCUAUAAGUGACUUGGACUGGACAUCAACGCCUGAUAAUCAGUCGAUCCUGGCUGUCGGUUUCAUGCAUCAUGUUGAGUUUUUGUGCCAGCAAAGGAAAACUUACUUUGAUGACGAUCCUGCGUGGGCUAUCUGCUGGAAAGUGGAUAUUAGAAAUUACAUCUCAUAUCCAAUCCGCGAUUCGAUAUGGCUUGCAAACGGGUCCUUCUUGAUUGCAGCAGGACACCAGUUGUUUCUCUUUGGUCAAACGGCGCUUCAAAAGGACCAGGAACCCCUGUUUCAGUACAUUGCUCGACACAAUGGACCCCUGGAGGAUUACCAUCCACAAAUGCUUCUGCAGUGCUUACUUUGGGGUAAGGCGGAGUUGGUGAAGCAGAUUAUUGUUGCUCUAUCUCGGAUCGUUAAGGCUGUACAUGAGGAUCCUACGCAGGAUUUCCAUUGGAAUACCUUUCCCGUGGAACAUUAUCUGAGCGGCCAACAUAUGAUACCUAACAAGAAACCCUCAAAACGGUACAACUUCUUGUUCAGUACACCACAAGAAAACUCGUUACCAGAUGAAACCGUCUUUUCCCGCCAUAUGGUGGAGACACUCAUAGAGCAACUUGAAGCGCGACCUCUUCCUCAUUUGACUCCCAAUGAGCACGCACACCUCCUGGUUCUCAUUCAGACGACCCUCGAGAUCGAAGAACAGCGACGAGCACUGGACGCCAACGGCCUUCGAUAUGUGAUCUCUAUGCGGUCAUUCUAUAUUCUCAACCGUCGGGUCACAUCCGAUCCCAGCAGUCCACGCUCGAACGGCGCAACACCACGAUCAACCGGUUGGAGGGAACGCCUGCGAUAUCGUGAUAUGAUCUGGGCCUUCCACAGCGAAAGCCAAGGGCUUCUGUUAAGCACAUCGACCGCAGCGUGCAAUGGAAGGAUGCUCUGGUCUGAUGCCCGAGCUCUUGGAGUUUUCAUAUGGCUGAAUUCGGUUGAGUCCUUGAGGGCUCACAUGGAAGUCAUUGCCCGGAAUGAAUACAUGGCUGGUGACAACCGUGACCCCACAGCAUGCUCACUCUUCUAUUUCGCACUGGGUAAGGUGAAGCUGGUGCAUGGCCUGUGGAAGCAAGCUGCAUGGCACAAGGAACAGGCCAUUAUGCUCAAGUUCCUCGCGAACGACUUCACGCAGCCUCAACGGAGGACUGCAGCCCUGAAGAACGCGUAUGCUCUGCUCGGUAAGCAGAGAUUUGAAUACGCUGCUGCGUUCUUCCUCUUGGGAGGGAGUUUGAAAGACGCCGUCCAUGUUUGCCUCAAGCAUCUUUCAGAUUUUCAGCUCGCCAUCGCUCUUGCUCGUGUGGUUGAAGGAGGCUCGGAUGGCCCUGUGCUACGGGAUAUACUACACAAUACGGUGAUCCCUACCGCCUUUCGUCAAGGCAACCGAUGGCUUGGAAGCUGGGCGUUCUGGAUGCUCAACCGAAGGGACUUCGCUGUCAGGAUCUUGGUGACACCCCUGCGAGAUAUCGCCGACGCUUUAGAUAUACAAGUCGCAGAAAUCGGCGAACCCCAUUACGAUGAUCCUAGUCUUGCAUUACUGUUCUCCCAACUCCGCUCCAAGACACUGCAAACAGCCAAGGGCACAAGCGAGAUAUCAGGGCGUUCUGAAUUCAACUUCGUGCUCCAGAUCGCCCGGGUGUUCUGCAGAAUGGGUUGUCAUGCACUAGCGCUGGACCUUGUGCGUUCGUGGUCCUUCGAGCGCCCGUCGAUAUCUGUCCCUGCCCCCACGGAACUCCCACCGACUCCGUAUGCUACAUCGCGGAGGUCUCUUGCACUGGAUCCCAAGCUACGCAGACGCUCGACAAUUAUGAUUGACAUGGACAUCGCAUCUACGACUCCGACACGCAGAGUCUCUCCCGACCGUUCACUUGCCAAGGUGCCCACGCAAGAGCCCAUCAAGGAGGAGAGUGACCUCCUAGCACGCAAGGCGGGCCUCGGGAGUCUGCUUAAAUCCGCCAAGCAGGAUGUUCAAGUGCCGGAGUUCAGUAUGGAUUUAUUUGAUUCGUUUGGCUGAUCCCUAAACUUGGGUGCUGUGCGUGAAGACUUUGAAUUUGAGCGGGUUGGAUGACAGUCCCUCUGGAGUCGGUUUCCCAGUGCAUGUGUCCUUUCGGUGGGGUGAGCCCUUUUGUCCCCGAUGAACGUGGAGCAGGCUUUGGAGAAGGAAGGGGAUGAGUUCAAUGACUGUGCUCGAGAAGGGAGAUCUAGGGAGCCCUGCCAGUGACAAGGUAGAUCUGCAGGAUAACGAAAGAU